AUGCCUCUAAGACGCAUUUCCGGUGCUAGUGGUUCCACUAAUGGGAUCAAUGAAUCAUGGAUGGCUCAAAUGGCUCAAGCUAUGGCACAUAUGGCUGCUGUUAUUGCCGCCCAAAAUGAACGUGAACUGCGAAGAGAUGAAAGGGAAGAAAGAGCCGCUGAAUCUAGAGGUUUGGCAUAUUUUCGUAAGCAUGAAGAUAUUGACCCCGAAAAAGCCGACAAGUGGUUACAGGCAGUAGACAAUAUCUUUGAAGUGAUUCGAUGCCCACUCAGGGUAAAGAUGAAAUUUCUAGAUAAAUAUUUUCUAGUUAGUGCUAGAGCAAAGUUGGGUGAUGAUUUCUUGAAAAUCUGUCAAGGUGGUAUGACUGUAGGAGAAUAUGCGGCGAAGUUUGAAUCGUUGUCACGGUAUUUCAAAUUUUUUCGUCAGACCGUUGAUGAAGACUUUAUGUGUCACCGCUUCCAAGAUGGGCUAAAAUAUGAAAUUAAAGAUUUUGUACUGCCCUUGGGAAUCAAACGAUUCCAACCACUAGUGGUAAAGUGUAGGGAGAUUGAGGCUAUGAAAAACCGCAUAAUGAACCAUGGAAAUAGUAGUAACUCUAUUGGACCAGUUCGUUCUAACAAUCAAAAUCGCAGUCAUGGUCAACCCGAGAAAGAGCCAUAUCAUCGUUCUCAGGAAGCUAAGGGAGAAUAUCGUCCUACAAUUCCAGACUCGAGAGAUAAAGGAAAGGCAAUGGGAACUAAACCUUAUUGCUAUCUUUGUGGGGACCAUGGACAUCUUGCUGAUAAGUGUACCUAA